CAAGUCACUGUACAAAGAGCAAUAAAAUACUAAAUGCAAUUCAUCCUGGACAGCACCAGGAUCACACAUGUGUAUUUUCUGCUCAUGUUUACUCCCCAGCGGAUUUAUUUUGAGAUGUGUAAGCGGAAGGUUGUCGCUCUCCUUCGCUGUAACUUGACGCCGGCGGCCGCUUCACUGCCUCCAUUCAUUUCACCCGCACACAGUCGCAUCCUCGCAGCGGCGGGCCCUCCCCUCCUGUUUCUCUCCGCCUGGAAAGAUGGCUGCUCCGGCGGUGGUGAGGAGCUCCGGCCCGGCGCUGUGCCCGAGCUUCGCGGUGGUCUGCUCGUUCCUGGAGCGGUACGGAGCGGCGCUGGACCUACCCGAGAUGACUUUCCCGCAGAUGGAGAGGUAUCUGCGGGACAAAACGGCAGUUCCUAAACCUCUGGUGGAGCUCCAUGUGAAGCUGCUCAGAAAACUGGGGAGGUCUGUUUCAACUGACCGCUGGGAAAAAUACCUGGCCAAGGUUUGCCAGGAGUUGAACAACACCUGGGCAUGGGAGCUGGAGCAGAAGGGCUACCAGGAGAUGUCCAUGGAGUGCAAGUCAAGCAUCCUCAAAUAUCUCUGCGAGUGUCAGUUCGACGACAACCUGAAGUUCAAGAUGGCGAUUAACGAGGAGGACCCAGAGAAGAUGCGUCUGCAGCCUGUAGGUCGGGACCGGCAGGGCCUGAUGUACUGGCUGCAGCUGGACCAGGAGCAGAACAUCAGGCUGUACACCGAGGAGCAGGACGAUCUGGAUGGAUCCACCUGGAACUGCAUCGUCAGGACUCGUAACGACCUGGCUGAGGCUCUGGAGCUGCUGAAGGCCCAGGUUGAGCCAAACCAGAACCGGGACCAGAACCAGGCUGGAUCCAGGAGUGCCAGCCCCACAGGGAGAGAUGCAGGGGACGAGGUCACUGGAAACACCAACCCUGAACCCUCCAAGACCUCCGAGGAACACACUGAUGGCAAGAAGGUCGACCCUGUGAAGGAAGAGAAACCCCUCAGACAAGCGGUAAAACAGGAGCAGCCACAGACUCUCAAGCAGGAAAACACUGAUGCUGAGGUGAAAGAAGAGAAGACGGACCACAGACCGCCGCCUGUCUUCGAUAACCGCGUGAGCACCAUCACCACCGUCAUCAAAUCAGAAUCCAGGGACGCCGACGCCCCCAAAAACGCCGUGUCUGUCGUCAUGGCGCCGGGCGCUGCUGUGCCAAAACAGGAGACUAACAAGGAAGAGGAAGCAGAGCGGGCGGUCGUCAGGAGCAACCAGCAGGCCAAGAUACCGCUGAAGAAGAGGGAGCUGAAGCUGGCUGAGAGCUACCACAGCAACCACCUUAACAACAGUAACAGCAGCAGUAUUAUUGUGUGUAACCCUUCAGUGAUCCAGACUAAAGACAGUCAGGGGAGAGAGGGGAUGCUGCCUCACUCGUUAGCGCCGCCCGGUGGCCCGACAUCCUCACAACAGCAGCAGCAACUAGCAGUCACUACAUUGAGGCAGGAGCUGACCAACGGGAGGUCGUCUCUCCUCCUGCCGCACAAAGAGGGACAGAACGGAGUCAUAGGGGUCAUAGGUCAAGUCGGCGUCGUAGGUCACGUGGGGGUCAUCCGCAGCCCGUCCGAGCGUCACAGAAUGCCCAACGCUGAGCAACAGGAGCAAAACGGGCCAAGUUUAGAGCACCACGGCUCCAGAGCUGUGGAGGAAGAGCGGGAGGUGAGCCGGCAGUCGGUGCUGGUGAGGAAGGGACCCGUUGAAGGAGAGACAGCAGCGGCGUCCGUUACCGUGUCCUCACUGACUCAGUCCACAGAGGAACCCAAGAGACAGACGACAGAGGACCAGGUUAAAAAAAUGACCAAGGAGCAGUCAGACAAGGGGACAAAAACUGGGCUCAGCAGUCCUCAACGAAAGGAUGAAGACCAGGACAGGAAGGAGGAGGGGAGAGGAGGCGUGUCCGGGUGCCCUGCGGCAGAAGAAGGAAGUAAGGACGAGCAUGAAAAGAAUAAAAGCACUUUAGGAAAGGUGGAGGCAGAGCCAGCGAGCACUGUCCCACCUCUAAAAGAAGUCCAGCAGGAUCAAGAGGACCACCAUAGAGAGGGGAUCAACGGUGGGCUGGUAGCCCAGGUUAGGCUGAAGGACUCUGGGCUUGAGUCAGAGGAGAGGCAGGGUCCCCUGGAGGAAGCCUCCUCUGAGCUCCAGAAAGAAGGAAUCAGGUUGAAGAUCAAGAUCCCUCCCCAUCGAAGGAACAAGCUGAGGGGAAAAGGAGGGAAAGAGGAGGAGAAAGCGAGGGAGCAGGUGCAGGAGGAAGGGAGGUCGCUGAGGAGAUCUGCGAGGAUUUGCAGAUCAUCUGCUUUGCCAACCUGCAGGCCGAGCUCGAAGGUGGCCGAGAGCCAGAGAAAGAAACCACAAAGAAAGCAGGCGCUGCCCACCAGGACGAGGGGAGGAGAAGAAGAAGGAGAGGGGGAGGAGGACGAAGAGGAAGAGGACGAAGAGGAGCAGAGCUUAGCUACAAAAAAAGACAGAAAAGCAGAACCUGUCGGGCAACUCAGGAAACGAAGGGGUAAACGGAGGCAUCGACGCCCCCGAUGGUCCAACAUUCGUUCGAAGAGACGCAAACUGAACGAGGGAGGGGAGGUGGAGCACAGAGGGAGGGAACGAGGAGAGGAGGAGAGCGAGGGAGGGAGCGACUCCGAAGAAUCAUGUAAAUCAGAGGAGAUUCCCAAUGAGGAUGCCUGCAGUCACUGUGGCCUGCCCAACCACCCCGAACUGAUCCUGCUGUGUGACUCUUGCGACAGUGGAUACCACACCGCCUGUCUGCGGCCGCCGCUCAUGUUGAUCCCAGAUGGAGAGUGGUUCUGUCCUCCCUGCCAACAUAAGCUGCUGUGUGAGAAACUGGAGGAGCAGCUGCAGAAUCUGGACAGCGCUCUGAAGAAGAAAGAGCGAGCAGAGAGGAGGAGGGAGCGGCUGGUGUACGUGGGAAUCAGUGUGGAGAACAUCAUUCCUGAGGGAGAUGAGGAGGAAGAGGAGAAGUCGGCAAAGAAGAAAGAUUCCAAAAAGAGUAAAAAUCUUGGGAGGAGAUCGACCAGAACCAGGAAGCACAUCAGCUACAGGUUUGAUGACUUUGAUGAUGCCAUUGAUGAGGCUAUAGAGGAAGACAUCGGGGACCUCUGUGCUGGAGCAGGGCGGGGCAAAGACAUCACCUCCAUCCUGUCAGAGGACGGGAAGGAGAGCCAGCGGCCGGUCAGAGGUCAGGCUCGUUCCGCCAGAAACAGGAAGAAGCGGAGACUGAACGACCUGGAGAGCGACAGCACGGCGGCGGAGAGCGAAGACGAGUUCAUGAUCAGCAACAGCUCAGAGGACGAGGAUUUCGGUGCGUCAGGGCCAGAUGAUGAAGAGGAGGAAGAAGAAGACGUGGGCAGCGACGUGGGCAGUUUGGACAGCGGGGCCCGCCCCCGACGGGCGUCGAGAGGGGUACCGAAACGCCCCCCAGGCAGGACCCAACGCCGGGGCAGAAAACGGCUGAGAAGACGGCGGAGACGCUCCUCUGAGGAAGAGGAGGACGACAGUGAUGAAGAGAUGGACUCGGAUCAGUUCAGCGACAUGACCGACAGCAACACUGACAAAAAGAGGGGGGGCCUGAGGCGGGGCCAACGCCAGCAGGUCAACUACCGCGAGACGUCCGAUUCGUCAGACAACUCACGAGCCUCGACCAAAAGAGACAAGGUCAAACCCCGCGGCAGACCACGCAAGGAGCAUCUCUCCAGUGACUACAGCGAUGUGUCGCCGUCUUCCAGAGACUCGGAGGAGGAGGACGAUUACGAAGACGAAGAGGAAGACGGCCGGAGAAGGAGAGUAAACAGGAGGAGAAGAGAGGAGGAGGAAGACUUCCGCAGGAGCAGGACGAGAGCGAAGCGGAGGCGAUACGAAGGCGAGGACGACGAGGAGGACGACAGAGAGAGAGGGAGGCGGCUUAAAAGGAAACUCUUGGAGAAGGAGGACAAAGAAAAGCGGAGGAGAUUAAAGAGGACAGACAGAGAAGAGGAAGACCUGGAGAAGAUGGGCAGGGGGAAGAGGAGAGAGAUACUGUCAGAGCAGCGCCGCAAACGGCUGGCUCAGAUGCUGAAGAAACGGAGGCCUUCGACGGACGAGGAGGACGAAGAAGAAGAGUCCGAGGAAUCGGAGUCGUCAUCAGAAGAGGAUCGUCCAGUCCGCAAAAGACUCAACCGCAUCGACUCCGAUGAGGAAGACGACGACGACGAUGAGGAGGAGGAGGAGGAGGAGGAGGAGGAUGAGGAGGGAGGGCAGAAGAUGACGACCAAAAAGUCUUCAGCGGUAGAGAGGAGUUGUCGCGUUGCCGGGGCCGACAACAAAGACGGCGGCGACGCUCAGGUCAAGGGGAGGGGCCGUAGCCCUUCUCCGUCAAACGGACAUCGGACCUCCAGAGGCCUGGCGAAGCCUGGGGCUGGAAGUCCCGCUGUGCCCAGGGACAAUGCAGGAUCAGGCAGGCAGGACAGGCACAACGGCCCCUUACAUCCAGAGGAGGAGGAGGAAGAAGAGGAGGAGGAGGAGGAGGAGGAGGAGGAGGAAGAGGGCCAGAAAGACUCACUAAACUCUGUCCAGAACAGUCCGCAGUCAUGAUGGCUGUUUGUGUGAAUAAUGCUCACUUCUUUGUUUCAGUUUUUUCUUUUAACUGUCAGGCUUUUCACCCACAAACCACCUCUGAAGCUGGAUAUCUCCCCUCCCUCCACCUUCUUACUCUCUUGUCUUGCUCUCUUCCUCCUCGCUGUUGUAUCGUGGUCGAGUGCUCUCUCUCUCCACCAUCACAUACUGUACGUCACAACAGAAACUCACCCAUUUACACUCAUCAUCAUCAUCAUCAUCAUCAUCACCACCACCACCGCCACCCCCCCUGGCAGAACUAUCAGCCAACCAGCCGGACCAAAAGCCUCCUCACGCCAGGACCGGCUGCACUUCACGUUUCAGCGGACGCGCUCACACAGCCGGAGGUUAUCGUGACCAUUUCCCCCUAAACUCCCCUGAGUUACGGACGUCUUCUUUCCGGUGGGGUCCGCUCGGGCCUGAUCUGAUUGGACACAGCAGUCUGUUUGUAGUGUACCUCAUCCUAAAGCACUUGGUCAUUCUCAUAACACUUAAAUAACCCGCCACCAAGGAGAGCGCCAGUGUCAAACCGAACACUUUGGAUCAGGUGAACCCGAUUUUAAUCCUCACAACAAAAAACUUGUUACUGGUUUAUCUGGCCAUGCAUGCAGGUACUUCUGGUUUUAUUGGUCCAGGUUUAGAGAUCUUUGCCUCCCAACACAAUGGAAGUGAAUGGAAGUGUAGUUUGUGGUUAAUUUAGGGUUGUUUCAUUGUUGUUGUUGUGCUGUACUGAAAAAAUAAAUUCAACAGCAACGUCUUUCCAGAAACUAUGUUUUUGUUACUCUGAGUAAUCCACAUGACACACUGGGCCUCAUGCAAGAAGCUCUCAACAGAUUCCUUCUUAAGAGGCACGUAGGAGAGAUUUGAAGAAGAUUCGUGGCAUUCGUCAAUGAACAAGUCGCGAACAGACAGUCUGACUUUCUUCACAUGAAUUUAAAGUUUAAAUAUGAUACUGAAAUCAACUAGAAUGAAAUAUACAACUAAAACAAACAUGGCUGCCAGAUGUGCUGAUGUUUCUGUCAGCGGUAGUAAACAGCUGCAGCUCUCUGACAGUGUAACAUCACCUACUGUAGGCUAACAUCUCUCUGAUUAUCACAUGACGCCUCUCGUAUCAGUCACGGAGCGCUUUGCUUUAGAAAGACGUUUUUAGCAUCUUACUUCUUUAUUUCUGUCACAUGGAUUCUUGUUUUCUAAUAGUUUCAGCUCCUCUAAUACGACGACUGACGCUGAUAAAUGUCAGUUUUGUUAAUAUAAUCACAACAGAAGUUAUCUCAGGGCACUUUCCACAUAGAGCAGGUCUAGACCGAACUCUUUAAAUUUACAGAGACACAACAUUCCUCCAUUAGCAGCGUUCGGCGACGGCGGCAAGAAAAACUCACCUUUAACGGGAAGAAACCUUGAGCAGAACCAGGACUCUAGGUAGACACCAUCUGUUGGGUUGAGAGAGAGACACAGAGAAGCACAGCAACAACAAUAACAACAAUAGAAAUAUGACUAAUAAUAAUAAUAGUGGUAGCAGUUGGCGUGAAGCUGGACUAAACGGGACAGCAGGGAGUCUUUUUGUGAAUGAAUCUCGUCCACAAACGGAGCAGAACAGGUCGGCUUAGACGGAUGUUUUAGGGGGCGUCGAUGAUGCUGAUGAUGACGUCAGCAAUGCUCAGCUCCUCACGAACGGGUGACGUUCAUCAGGCCGAAACCGCAGAUUUAUGACGAGUUUGAGACUUUAAGAGAGGAAGAAGAAGAGAAGAGAGAUUCAGGAGAAUAUGUGCUUGCAUGAGGCCCAGUGUUGCCAGUUUUGAGAAGAAUGAAGUAAAUAUUAUCCUGUAAACUUUAAGAUCUGUUGAGUUUUUAAAGGCCAGUUUCAGUGUUUUUAGCACCACAAGCUAAAUAACAGAUUUACUGUGUUGUGUUGGUGGCAGAAAUCUCAAAACCUGGAAAAAUAAAACCAAAUACUGUCUGUUUGGUUUUCAAUCAACACUUUAAGCAACAUGUUUAUCAUAAAUGAUCAUCAUGACCCAAAUAAGCAGAUGAUGUUAAGUUAUUUACAUGCAAAGUCAAUAAUUUACCAUGUUUAUGGUGAAUAUUAGAGCUGAAAACAUUAGUCAGCAGGUAGAAAACAAUUAUUCUGAUCAUCAUCCAUCGUUUCUGUCGUUCUUUUAAAGGUAAAAAUGACUUGAUUACAGAUUUUCUUUGUCUAAUGUGACAAUAAAUUGAAUAUUUUUUAGAUUUCGAUGUGUUGGUUGGACAAAAAGAAAUCUGAUGACAUAAACUUUAGGAAAUUAUGUCAGGAAUUUUUCAUCGUUUUCUGACAUUUUUUUUUUUUAGACUAAAUCAUUAAUAGAUUAUUGGAGAGAAUAAACCAGCAGAUUAAUCAAUCAUGAAAAUAAACAAGUAAAUAUAUAUUCAUGUGACUUUCAACAUCCUGUAAUGAGCAACAAAGCACAGACACCCUGCAGUUUACUUUAUUAUUGAUCUGGUUUUUAUGUAUUUACAUGACGACCCACUAAACACCUGGCAGAUGUGCAAAAAAAAUAGAUUCUUCGGGCUGCAAAUGUCACCAAAAAUCAGGCAGUUAAAUAAUGUCAAUCUCAUGAUCGCUGUUAUCCAGCCACACAAAUGAAUCUAAACAUUAAAUCUAAGUAAGUAAGAGAGGAAUGAUCCACAUCCUUGAUGAUGCUGAGAGCUGAAAGAGGCACUCUGGACCAUUUUGGAUCCAGCAGCCAAAGUGUUCGGUUUCAGAUGGUUUGUUUGGCCUUGUGUCGGCGGGGGACAUGUUUGCUGUACAUACUUUGCCUGUACGCUGUUCCUUGUAAGAUAAUAGAUGUUCUGUUCUUAGUCCUCUUGUAAAAUAUAGUGUUAUAUUUUCUAUAUGAAGGAGAGGAGGAGAGAUGCUGCUGUGAGUGAUGUGUGGAUCGAUCAGCGGUUCGCUUGUUUUGUUUGGAGAUUCUGCGGCCGUUGGAUUUGUGUGAAAUAAGACCAGCGUGGAGCCCGUUCACGAGUACAACGUCACCUCCUUGUUACUGCUCACUUUCAGCCUUGUGUCCUACAGCUUUAAAAAGGUACUUUUCCUGCAGAUGUUGUGAAAAGCCACCAAUCAGAUGAGAUAAAAUGCUGUUUUGGACUGUGUUUCAUCACCUGUUUUACCUUCUAAUGCAUUUCCAGUGGAGAUGUGUGUAGAUGUGAAGCAGCAUGUGUGUGGAAAAUCCCCUUCAUGCAGAACUGCGAGGGCAGCGUUUUAACAAUCUUGGAGGAUUUCACUUCAAUUUUUUAUAAUCAGUUUUUUACCCAAGACUUUUUUUCCCCCCCUCUUAUCGUGAUGGAAAAUCAUCAGACAGCAUUUGGGACAGUGAGUUUAAUGUGUGUUUAUGCCACCAGCCCAAAAUCAUUCCACUGAAGCUGAUGAGCGUCUGUGUCGGCUGUUUGAAAGCAGCCGCUGCAGCAGAUCCUGCUGGUUUUCAAAUGUUCAGCCCAACUAAUCUGGAUUCAGACAGGCUCCUUCCAUUUCUCUGUUGUACUGUUACUGUAGUAUCGCUGUAACAUAAAUGUUUUCUAAGUUAUUAAAACCAACAUCCCAGGCAUCUCCUCAAAAAACA